AUGGACGAGAUACGCAAGAUCCCUCCCGUGACGCGCACCAUCCUCGGCGCCACGGGCGCAAUCACGCUGCCAUGCAUUCUCGCCAUCACCUCUCCGUGGCGCUAUGCGCUCUCUUGGCCGCUCGUCAUCUCCAAGUUCCACCUCCACCGCGUGGUCACCUGCUUCUUCUUUGGCGGCAGCGGCCUCAAGCUGCUGUUUGACGUUUUCCUCAUCUUUCGCAACAGUACCGAUCUCGAGCUCAACCACUUUGGCAGACGCACCGCCGCGUACACCUGGGCGCUCCUCGUCAUGGGCACCGUCAUCCUCGCCAUCAAUUAUCCACUCGGCUCGCCCAUCCUCUUCGGCCCCAUGCUCAACGCCCUCGUCUACCUGUGGAGCAGGGCGAACCCGCACAGCAGCGUGUCGUUCUUCGGCAUGGUCAACUGCCCCUCCCGCUGGCUCCCCUAUGUUUACAUCGGCAUCGACCUGCUCCAGGGCGGACCGGGGCUGGCGAUCCAGAGCGCAACGGGACUCAUCGCAGGCUACGUGUACUGGAUGCUGGACCAGGUGCUGCCGGGUCAGCAACGCAGGCGACGCGGGAGCUACAUUCCCACGCCUGGUUUCCUCGAGAACUUGCUGCCGGAUUCGCUCGAUCCAUCGCUCGAGGGGCAAAAUAUGGGCAACCGAAACGCUCGCAGAGUGGCAGGAGGCACCGUGUGGAACGCGGCUCGUGACCGGGGCAACCGGCUCUCCGACACCGGUCCAGCGAGCCCACGCCCCACGAGCGUCGCCUCGGCGCUGGGCGCAGGGACAAGGUCAACACUCUCGGCGCUGAACCCCUUCCGCGGCUCGCGGUCUGCAUCGCAGACCACCGGUCCGAGCCGCGAAGAGAUGCUCGCUGCAGCAGAGCGAAGGCUGCGCGCCAGUGGAUCCUCGUCGAUCGUCGGCCGCAAUGCUGCCGAACGCACGCCGGCAAAGCCGGCAGGAUCCAACACGCCCGGAUCCACCAGUCUUAACGCGCGCCCCGCCGCCACCUCGGCCACUACCGCGAGUGCGAAUCUGAGAAAGACGGCGGCGGGAAGUGCGCAGUCCAACAUGUUCACCUUUGGCCAGCUCAACGACUCGUCGCGUGCACACCAGCAGCACGAAGAAGACCAUAGCUCCAGCGGGGGUGCGGUAGCCGAACAGCGUCGGACACCCAAAGGCAAGGCGAAAGCACGCGAUAGCGAUGACGAAGAAGAGGCACCACCAACAGCAGGCUAUACGUGGGGAUCCGGCGGCCAGCGUCUAGGCGAUUAG